UUAAAUUUCUUUCUCUUUUCUUUUUCAAUGGAGUUUUUCUCAACAUGUCUGAUAUUUCUUUGUUGCAUGAUAAUGUUCUUACUUUUGAAAUUAUUUUCGAAAACGAGAACCCAAAGCUGUUACAUUGUAGCUUACGAGUGUUAUAAAGCUCCAGACGACAUGAAGCUCGACACCGAAACGUGUGGUGAACUCAUUUUGAGGAACAAAAAUCUGGGUAUGGAACAGUACAGGUUUCUGCUCCAAGCAAUGGUGAACGCGGGCAUCGGGGAGGAAACUUACGGCCCAAGAAAUGUCAUCGCGGGCUCCGAAGAAUCCCCGAACCUUGAGGAAUCGAUUUUGGAGAUCAACGAUAUCGUCUUCGGUACCCUCGACAACCUCUUCGCUAAAACCGGUGUUUCCCCAUCAGAAAUUGAUGUCCUCAUCGUCACUAUCUCGAUGAUUACUUCGGUGCCGUCGAUACCGGCUCGAGUGAUUAAUAGGUACAAGAUGAGGGACGAUGUUAAGGUUUUUAAUCUUACCGGGAUGGGUUGUAGCGCAAGUGUUGUUGCAAUUGAUCUUGUUAAUAAUCUGUUUCGGACAUAUAAGAACUCGAACUCCAUCGUUGUGAGCUCGGAAUCGCUGAGUCCGAAUUGGUAUCGAGGCAAAGAGAGGUCCAUGAUGCUUCCCAACAUCCUUUUCCGUGUAGGAGGUUGUUCAUUGCUGUUGACGAACAAAAGCUCACUUAAACACCGAGCCAUUUUGAGGCUUAACCACUCAGUUCGAACCCACGCCGGCUCGAACGACGAAGCAUACGGCAGCUGCACCAGGAUCGAAGACGAACACGGCAACUGCGGUUUCUUCCUAACCAAAAAUCUCCCGAAAGCGGCCGCUAAAGCUGUGGCGAUGAACCUUGGAGUCUUGGUACCCAAAAUGUUACCAUUGAGGGAACUCGUCCGGUACUCAUUGGUGACCUAUUGGAGAAACAAGAGCAAAACAUCAACCUCGGAACCCAAUCUGAACCUCAAGUCCGGCAUAGAACAUUUCUGCAUUCAUCCGGGAGGAAGGGCGGUGAUCGACGGCAUGGGAAGAAGCUUAGGGCUAAACGAAUACGACCUCGAGCCGACUCGAAUGGCGCUCCAUCGAUUCGGCAACACAUCGGCUGCUGGAUUAUGGUACGUUUUGAGCUACAUGGAAGCUAAGAAGAGGCUGAAGAAAGGUGACAGGAUAUUGAUGAUAAGCCUUGGAGCUGGUUUCAAGUGCAAUAACUGCGUGUGGGAAGUGAUGAAGAAGAUGGAUAAUGUCAACGUGUGGGAAGAUUGCAUUGGUAAAUACCCAGUGAAAUGUACUGCCAACACGUCCUUCUUGGAAAAAUACAGUUGGGUCAAUGAAUCCAGCAAAUGAAAUCUCUAAGGUG